UUCCUUAAUUCAGUCGAAACCGGCAAAAUGGUAGAAGAAAUAGCAGCGACGCUAGCAGAUAAUGUUUUAGAAGUCAUAUUUUCAUAUCUUGACCUUCAUGAUCUCAGGAACUGCUCUCUCGUGUGUAAAAACUGGUACAGGUUUCUAAAUGACGAAAACAAUGAUGUGUGGAGGUUGCAUUGUAUCCGUAAGUUGGCGGAGGAAGCCCUCAAGUCGGACUUGUUAUCAUCAGUGCCAACGUAUAAAGCAAAAUUACGAGCUUUUUAUCAUGCCUGGAACCCGAAUGACUGCUCAAGGAACGUUUAUAUAAAACCCAGUGGUUUUACACUACAUCGUAAUCCCGUGGCCCAAAGUACGGACGCUGCGCGAGGGAAGAUAGGGUUUCGGCAUGGUAGGCAUGCAUGGGAAGUGAUAUGGGAAGGACCUCUUGGAACAGUUGCAGUUAUUGGAAUAGCAACUAAAGAAGCACCGUUACAGUGUCAUGGUUAUGUUGCUUUGUUAGGUUCUGACGACCAGAGCUGGGGUUGGAACUUGGUUGAUAAUCAUCUUCUCCAUAAUGGAGAUUCCCAGGGAAAUUAUCCACUUCUUAAUAAUGCACCAAAGUACCAGGUUGGUGAAAGAAUAAGAGUUAUCCUGGAUUGUGAUGAUAAUACUUUAUCCUUUGAGAAAAACUAUGAGUUCCUUGGUGUUGCAUUUAGAGGCCUGCCAGACAAGAGACUGUACCCAUCUGUGUCGGCAGUGUAUGGGAACACAGAGGUAUCCAUGGUGUAUCUCGGACCUCCACUUGAUGGGUAACAACAAUAUCAGCUAGCAAAUAGUAAGUUCUGUCUGGAGAGCAGUGAAAUAAGUGCAACUCCUGGAUAUGAUCACAUUCUGCAGUCUCCUGAGCUUGCUGGGAUGUCAACAUGAGACUGCUUUUCAGUUUUUAUUAUUAUUAUUAUUAAAUAUUAUACUGCCUCCAGUUGUAGGCUAUGAAUGCCCCAUAGUAAUGUGCGUGAGUCUUGGGUUCCCUAUUCCAUGCUGCUGUUCUGUAUCAUUGUGUACAGCAGUUGUCUGUGAAUUGUUGGACAUUGUCCAUUGUUUAUGACUGUCUCAUUCAGCAAGGGAUGGUCAGUGUCUUAACAGUGAUAUUUUAUUGUGUAUAUUGUCACAAAGUUUAGAAAAAUGUUUACAGUUUUACUCUUGCACAUGGAAUAGAGAAGUAGGGAUCUUUUUAAGAUGAUGAAUUAUUCCAGUGUGCAUUACAGGCCAUGUUUGGGGUGUACUGUCAAAGUGCAAAUCAGGCUCGUGUAGUGAGAAACAAUUUUCUUCAUAUUUGUACUGCAACCAAUUUUUACAUGGUCAGUAGUGAUGUAGUGACAGUUUGAAUCAUUCUCAUCUCAUCAAGUGCCAACGCUUGCAUUUGUAUCAUUCAUAAUUUUGUGACAGUGUUCUCUUCAUUAAAUUCUUCGUGAAGAAGGGAUCAUAUAUUUACAGUGCAAAAUCUCCACUGGUGUGGAUCGUCAUAAUGCCACUAAUGCCUUGUAUCGUUGGCAUAAUGUUUUUUGUAAUAAAAUGUAUAUUUAUCUGUAUAGGUGUGGUAUUGCAGACUCAACAUUUUCUGUAGCAAUGCCAAGACUUCUUGUUACUAUAUCCUUUUUGUAUUUCCUUAGUCUUUGGUUUUAACCAUUGUAUCAAAGUGGAGAGAUGGCAUUAUUAAUCUUUGUAGUUGCAAACUAUAUUUAUUACACAAAAAAAGGCUUUUGUUCACUGCUGUCACAUGUUGUAUGAACACAUUUUUAAUUUAUUUAUUUUAGGAUAUACUGGAAAUAUGGCAGUGCAACUUUUUACCAUUAAUUGUUUUACUGUGAUAAUAUAUUAUAUUUAUGUUGUUAUGUUUUUGUCUGUACAAAGCCUGUUUUAUAUUGAGAAUGAAAUCACUGCUAACAGUGUUAGUCAUGUAAAAUAAAAUGUUUUUUAUGAGUUUGGAAGAGAGUCAUGAUUCUAUUACUGAAUUGUUCUUUUUAUAUUAAUACUGUGUCACAGUGCAAUGCCUACGUAAUGUCUGUGAGAGUACAGAACCAUUUUUCCAGAAUCUCAUAGCUGGCAUGGUACAGAGCUUGUCAUCACAUGGAUUUGUUUAUCUAUAAUUUUAGAUACACAUAAUUGAAUCUAUGCAAUGAAAUCACAACAGGACAGGAUCCAGGAAAAAAAUUAUAUACCAGGGUGUGCAUGACUCUGUGUCAUAACUUGAGGCAAUUCCUAAGGGCAUUCUGAGUAAAAAAAAAUUCUAUAUCAACAUAGGCCUUAUUCUCAACAUUUUCAGAGCUACAUGUAUUUGAAAUGUAGCUUGACUCAAAGGGCAUUGUUAUUGGAGAAAACAUAAAUGAAUAAAUUGUACAGUUUACAUAAAAGUAAAAGUAAAGGUAUCCCUGUAACAGGC